GUACUGGCGGACGGCGGGCUUCGACGGAGAGGGACCCGAGCCGAAGGAGCGGACUCCAGCCCCUCAGAGGCGCGGACAAGAUGGCGACUGAGGCCCUGGAGCAGAACCUGACGGACAGUCUGGUGGAGAACAUGACGACCCUGUCUCCCGAGUACUGUGGCGCCGGCCUGAACGCCUUCUACCUCGGCUACCGCAAGGUGCACGGCUACCUGGCGCUGGCCGUCUGCAUCUUCGGCCUCACCACCAACAUCCUCAGCAUCGUUGUGCUGACGCGCAAGACGAUGGUGUCUCCGACGAACGCCAUCCUGGCCGGCCUGGCCAUCGCCGACAUCAUGGUCAUGGUCAUGUACGUCCCGUUCACGCUCAACUACUACCUGCAGGCGUUCGGCAGGACCAGCUUCAGCUACGGCUGGGCCGUCUUCAUGCUGACGUACGUGCACGUCACGCAGGUGUUCCACACGGUCUCCAUCUGGCUGACAGUGGUGCUGGCGGUGUGGCGGUACCUGGCCAUCGGACACCCGUCGCUGAACCGCGAGUGGUGCUCCAUGAAGAAUACCUCUGUGGCCAUCGUGUCCGCCUACAUCGUCUGCCCGAUCCUCUGCAUCCCCAGCUACCUGACCUUCGCCAUCUCGCCCCAGGGCAACUCCACGGACAGAUUCGUGGUCGGCUUCAGCGACCUGAGCACCUACAAUGACAAGUUCCUCGAGAAGUUCAACUUCUGGAUGUACAGCGUGCACGUCAAGCUGCUGCCGUGCGUCAUCCUUACCAUCUUCAGCUGCUGCCUCAUCCACGAGCUCAUGAAGGCGCGCAAGCGGAAGGCAGCUCUGCUGCGCAAGAUGAGCUCCGGUCAGAGCAAGCAGUCAUGCGCUGAGAAGCAGGCAGUGCGGACCACCCGCAUGCUGCUCGCCAUCCUGCUGCUCUUUCUGCUCACGGUUCCCCAGGGCAUUCUGUCGCUCAUGUCCGGAAUUCUCGGCAAGAAGUUCCUCGACCAGUGCUACAACCGGCUCGGGGACUUGAUGGACAUUCUGGCGCUCAUCAACUCUUCGAUGAACUUCAUCUUCUACUGCUCGAUGUCGUCGCAGUUCCGGUCGACGUUCCAGCAGCUCUUCAUGGCCAGCCGGUGGGUACCGGUGCCGCUGAAGCCACCAUCGACCACGGAGCAGACCGAGUGUACCCGACUGUAAAUGCGCCGGCUUGGACC